AUGGCCGACUUUGACUUUGUCAGGCGCAUGACGCCCGCCGGCUACACGUUUCCCUCGCACCGGCUGCGACGCACCUGCGACCCCGGCCGCGUGCCGCUCGUCCUCGUCGCCUGCGGAUCAUUCUCCCCAAUAACGUUUUUGCACCUGCGCAUGUUCCCCAUGGCCCGCGACCAUUGCCGCAACGAAGGCUUCGACGUCAUCGGCGGCUACCUGUCGCCCGUGUCCGACGCCUACAAGAAAAAGGGCCUCGCGCCGGCGCACCACCGCGUGCGCAUGUGCGAGCUGGCGACGGAGAACACGUCCAAGUGGCUCAUGGUGGACCCGUGGGAGGCGGAGAAUCCGACAUACAUCCCCACGGCCCGGGUGCUCGACCACUUUGACUACGAGAUCAACCACGUCAUGGGCGGCGUCGAGUGCUCCGACGGCACGCGCAAGCCGGCCAAGAUUGUGCUGCUGGCGGGCGCCGACCUGAUCCAGACCAUCAGCACGCCCGAGGUGUGGGACGCGCGCGACGUCGACCACAUCCUCGGUAACUUUGGCGUCUUUGUGCUGGAGCGCACCGGCACCGAGCUCGACUCGGCCCUGGCCAGCCUGAAGCAGUGGGAGAAGAACAUUCACGUCAUCCGCCAGGUCGUGACCAACGACAUAAGCAGCACCAAGGUGCGCCUGCUACUGAAGCGCGACAUGAGCAUCGAUUACCUAAUACCCGACGACGUCAUCAACUACAUUUAUGAGUGGAAUUUGUACAGGGACCUAGACUUGCCCGCUGGCAACGGCAAGGGCAAGGAGAAGGCGGUGGCGGGGCCGAGCCGAUAG